UGGCCCUCGUUGUUGUUUUGACUGGUGAGUUGUAGAAUGUAACAGUCUGGAACGCGUAGGACUACACGGUUUGAAUGUACAGGCAUGCACUCCUCCAGAGACCAUUUUCCCCACGGGAAGUGUUAGAUUUAGGUGCAAAGCUGGCAUCAUUAGUAAAAUUUAACGGUCCUACAAAGUGACUUUGCACAUCUGGCAUAGAUCGUACGUGGUGUCGUCUCAGCGAUUCCCUUCUCUUUGCAACCCGUGGUGUGGUAUGCCAUGUAACAAAGAUAAUAUCUUAUAGCGCUCUUUUACUCGCUGAAUCCUGGUCAUGGCCACAGGGAAUUAUCAGUAGUGGAAUACAUGCCAGCGUUACGCAGAACGGUAAACGACAGAAGAGGGUUAGGAGCGUUCUAACUGCGUGCCUGUUGACAUGUUGCUCACAAGCAUGAUGUCAUCGGGAUUACUACCACUUUGGAGAAUUUCAGGCUUCCUGUGCGUCGGCCUGCUGUCACUGCUUAGCGUGAAAGUGUUGGAUAGCCACCCCGUGGUAUACCCAGACAGGUUCAAUGGAUCGUACCCCAUCGGUUGCUUCAGGACUACUCUAGAGCGAGUAGGAAUCGACCCAUCAACUGCCUUAAGGAUUUACGAGUUGGCCGCGUUAGUGAACAUGCAGGUCUCCUAUUUUUCACCCACGAAACAGUUCACGUACGGGCCCAUAGGGCUGUCUAUGGUCUUCAACGCAUCCGUGUCGCAGAUGACAGUUAUGCAAGAUUGCUUUCACGCCAGACACGAGCUUUGUAAGACGUGGCGGCCAUGUCAGAACGGUGCAGAGUGCCUGCUGGUCGAGUUACGCAACGGACAGUAUGACUACCGAUGCCAGUGCAGUCCCUACUACACUGGCGUCUACUGUGAAACUGCGCUUCCUUUCACAAUCAACGACUUCUACGACUUUCAAAGAGAAUUCCGCCAUUAUAAAUUUGCAAUCCACAAGAAAUUGCGGCUGUUGAGUACCGGCUGUUCCAUGGGAGCGGUGGCAUACAAGUACGAGCAGCUUCACAGCAUCAACAAUGAUCGCGAUGAGGGUCAGUUAGCGUCCAUCAUCUUCGACAAGAAGUACCCCCAUACUCUCCUAAAGUUGUCGUAUUCGGCCAGCAUUCGCUCACGAACAGCCAAUGGGUUUGCUCGCUGGUUCUUCCUCAUAGAUGGCAAGGAGUGCGCUAGGCCAAGCAAGAUAGACAUAUUCUGGUUUCAGAGCGACGAUAUCAACCUGCUCCUGCCAGCUCUGCUCACCGGAAUUUGCGAAUCGACGGAGCCCGGCAGUGUGAGUACCAUACCGGCAGGUCGGCACGUUAUCGCUGUGAACAUUGGACCUUUGGGGCAUCGCAAGACGUCCAAUGCCUACACAGGCCGCAACUCUACAACUAAGCUGGAAGUGCAGGAGAUAUGCCCAGAGUUCUAACACAGACAAUGGCCUCUGCAUUCAUGCUUUCCGUGUGAUUCCAUUACUUCCCAAUCGGAACAUUACUCUUUCAGCUUCUGCUCAGAUCACCAAUAUCGUAUACGCAUUGCACGUUCAAUUCGCUAGCGCUAGGUUACAGCAGGAGAUUGUGAUGUCGGGAUGCUUAAGCAAAGUCCAGUAAAGCACGAGGUGAUUCGUCAUUAUUUAACACGAAAGUAAAACAGCCUUCUGUAGGGUUCGAGGUGCAAAUCUGUCCAUUUCUUCCUCCGAUAAUAUAAUACUGAUGCCCCUAGA